AUGAAGGUGCCAAAGACUAUCACUUACAAUAGUCUUGUUGAUCAAUUGUAUACUUUAAUCGGAGCUGACAAGUCUCGUAUUGAUCUUGACUUAAAUGUAAUCUAUCAUUUUGGAAGUAAAGGUAUCCCUCCAUCUUUGAUUAGUAAUGAUGAUGAUGUUGCUUUUUUUCUUGAUGAGAUAGGAACAUCUAUCAAUCAUCGGACACCCCUAUGUGUUUCUACUAUAGAGAAGAGAAGUAAUGAUCCUUUGGUUACUAAAACACGUGAGUUGUAUACUAUUCCUCCAGUUGAUACCAAAGUGAAUGAUGAUUUUUGCAUUGAUGAUGAUAAUGAAAAUAUUGAUAGGCCUACCUGCAAUGAUGUACUUGUGAAGCAUAAUUUACAACAGUCAACCUCCAAUGAAGUAUUGAAGAGCCAUGAUUCCUCAAAUAAUAGAGGUCGUAAAGUAAGACAGGUUGGUGAAGAUAAUCUAUGGAGUACUUCACUUUUGUUGAAUCAAGGGGAAAAAGGCUCUACUUCAGCCUCAACAGCUCAAUUACUGACAUCUUCUUCGAGUAUCAAUUCGUGGGAAAUAAAAGAGGGUCAAAUAUUUGAGAACAAGCAAGAGUUGAAGAUGAAACUCCAUCUUUAUGCAUUAAAUAAAAACUUUGAGUUUAAAGUAAAGAAGUCUGCGAAAAAUAUAUGGUGUACAGUAUGUGUUGAUGAUAAAUGCAAAUGGAGGUUGAGGGCUACAAAAUUGGUUAAUUCCAAUAUGUUCGAGGUUCAUAAAUUUUUCGGUGAACACACAUGUUCAUUGGAUAUUCGACAUAAAGAUCACCAUCAGACAUCCCCAUGGCUUAUUGGACAUGUCAUAAGGAGAAAAUUUGAGGGUGAUAAUGUUAAUUACAAGCCAAGGUCAAUUGUAAAAGAUAUGAGUUUAUCAUAUGGAGUUCAUAUGAACUAUGCUAAAGCUUGGAGGUGUCGAGAGCAUGCAUUGGCUUACAUAAGAGGUACACCAGAAUCAUCAUUUCAGAAACUUCCCUCAUUUCUAUACAUGAUGGAGCAAAAAAAUCCUGGAACUGUUACUCAUUUGCAGAUGGACAAUGAAGGUAGGUUCAAAUAUUGCUUCAUGGCCUUAGGUGUUUCUAUAAUGGGGUUUAAAACAUAUAUUCGCCCAGUUAUAUGUGUAGAUGGAACCUUCUUGACUACUCGGUGUGGAGGUACUUUGUUAUGUGCCAUGGGACAAGAUGCUAACAAGCAAAUAUAUCCAAUUGCAUUUUCAGUAGUUCACUCAGAGAAUAAUGACUCAUGGUUGUAUUUUCUACUGAGGUUGAAGGAAGCGAUUGGUGAAGUGGAGAAUCUAGUAUUCGUGUCUAAUAGACAUACUAGUAUAGCAAGUGCCUUGACUAAAAAUUUUCCUGAGGCACACCACGGUGCUUGUAUACAUCAUGUUAGCAUGAAUAUCCGUGCGAAGUUCAAAACUGACCAUUGCCAUGAAGAAUUCUUCCUUGCAGCGAAAGCUUAUAGAAAGCGAGAGUUUUUACACCAUUUUGAGAAGAUUAAAUUCAAAGAUCUUGCAAUUGCUCAAUACUUAGAGAAUCAAGUGGGUUUUGAAAAGUGGGCUCGUUCUUUCUUUCCUGGUCAUCGAUAUAAUUUAAUGACUACAGCAUCAGCGGCUACAGGUCCUCUUGCCACAGAAGUGGAAGCUGAUUUGCGAAAGUUAGCAGACAAGUCCACUACCUCGUUCCCUUUUCCGUCUAGUCAGUAUGAAAUAACAGUAUUGGAUGGUGAUCUUGAUGGAGAUGUCGACCUGAGGAGGAAAACAUGUAGUUGUAGAAGAUUUGAUUUGACAGGUCUUCCUUGUGAACACGCUCUAGCUGGUGCUCGAGAUCGUGGCAUUAGUCCAUAUAGUUUAUGCUCCAGAUUCUACACAGUUGAAGUGUGGUUGUCAUACUAUGGUGGAUCUGUAUAUACGCUGGGUAAUGAAGAAUCUUGGGUGAUACCAAAUGACAUAGGAAGUAUGAUGAUAGCUCCUCCUUUAGUGAAGCAGAAGGCUGGUCGUCCAAAGAAGAAACGACGUUUAUCAAAGGGUGAGAAGAAUAGCAAACAACAUAGAUGUAGUAGAUGUGGUGCCCUGGGCCACAAUCGAGUGACGUGCACCAUUAUUGGUUCAGUAAUACGACUUUUUGUGUUAAAGUUUGUUGUUUCGGACACACCUAAUUCAUACAUGCACGUAAAGUAUUAG